GUAGCCGGUGUUAAAGUAAACAUGUGACUGAUUAUUUAGUCCUAUUAUGAGAAAAACGUUCCGUGUGUUAAAAGAAAUGGCAGAGGCAAUUCAACUGAAUGAAACAAGACGACAUAUAAUGUUAACAGGACAGCCAGGCAUUGGAAAAACAACCCUUGUUAAGAAAGUGUGUGAAAAACUAGAAGAUGAGAACUGGCAAUGUCAGGGAUUUUAUACGGAAGAAAAACGGGAAGAUGGACAGAGGGUCGGAUUUGAUGUUGUAACAUUUGAUGGUCAAAGUGGCGCACUUGCAAGAGUUGUUGACAGAGAUAAUCCUGUGGCUGGAAGGAGUUACAUGGUUGGAAGGUACAAUGUCUUAUUACAGUCCUUUGAAAAGAUUGCGUUACCAUCUUUAGCUAUAAAGCCAUCAGAAUACACAAGAGUUAUAGUUAUAGAUGAGAUAGGCAAGAUGGAAUUAUUCAGCCGCAGUUUUACACAGACUGUGAAAGAUUUGUUAAAACAUCCAAAAACUACAGUGUUUGCUACGGUACCUGUCAGGGCUAAUCCAUUUGUGGAAGAAAUAAAGAACAGAGAUGAUGUACAGCUUUAUACAGUAACCAAGGAGAAUAGAAAUCAACUAGUCAAUGAAGUUGUCGAUGCUAUAAAGGAAUCCCUGGAAUGUUAUGGUACUUGAGAUAGUAGUUUGGUUAUCCUAAUAAUUGGAAGCUUAAAAAUAACUCUUAAGCUGUGUGUGUUCAUUCAGUAUAUAGUAAACCAAGUUCAAGUGGGACUAAGAAAAGAACACUGACAAGGUCAUAAUUGUUAAAUACCACUUCAGUUUUGGUAAUACAUUGUUUAUUUGAAACAUUUAAAUGUAACAUGUGAACUCAUUCCUAUUUUAGCCAAUAAAACUUAUUUUACUUUAAUGUACUCUUGAAACUGGUAUUCUAAGUUUGGAAAGGUUUUAAUGAAAAUGUUUUUUUUUUUUGAGAUCUAGAAUUUCUGUUUCUGUCAAUGUAUAGAAAAAAAUUAAGAUAGUAAAUUUAAGUUUUAUUACUGCGAUCAUAUCUAUCACAUGACCUGUUUCAGAACUUGAACAAUGCUGUAGAAUUGAAAAAAAGUGAUUUAUGACUGAAAGAAGGAAUAUGUAAAUAGGGUAUAUGAAAUUUAUACAAGGAAUUGAAAUAUGUCACUUCCGAAUGUAAAAGAAAAAAAUUGGGUAUUGGCAAUUUUGAUGGGUUGGUCAGAGCACAAGAAACACAUAUUUUAGGAUGGCGUUUAGAGAAAAUAAAAACACUUUUUAUUAUGAGUGAGGUAUUUUGAAAUGGAAAUCUUUUUACAAUUAUUUGGUUGUUGAUUUUAAUUUAUUUAUUGUUAUCUUGAAUUUAACCUUUAGCCUGCUGGUGGCAAGUGCUCAUCUUGGUCUGCAAUGUCCGCUAUUCAGUCAGUAUAUUUUCAGUGAACACCGCUUUGAAUAAUAAGUAGUACUGCCCAAAUAGGAUGAUGGAACAGUCCAUUUUAGAAAUUUAGCAAAGAAGUCAUUCUGGCGCCGAGUUCUAUAAGUUUUUAUAAAUUAUGAUAUUUACCCCUUUGUAAUAAAUGGUGAGGAAAGACA